AUGGCUCCCUUGUCCAAGGUUUUAGUGCCGGCUUGAAAAUUGUUGAAAGUUGGAUCGGGAAAGCGAUUUUAAUUAGGUUGAGAGAGACGGAAGCAUGCACACAAAUUCAACGAAGGCUAGAUUUCUGCUUUCUUUUUCCAUAAAAGGGAUAAUGGUUAGGAUCAGAAACGUUAUUAAUAUUAUUUUUUUUGCAGAAUUUGUUUCAUUGAUGAUGGAAGUUGAGGGCAUAAAUUAUGCGGUAAUCUCAAGAAUAGCUAAUCAUUUUCACAUGCUCAAGUGAAUUGGGACUUUUGAAUACAGUGACAGAUAUCUUGUACGCGUGAAAGGGAUUGACGAGGUAGAGAUAAUUGUUCCAAAUGCGUAAAUGCUGGUGGUAGUCAGUUCAUCUGACGUUUGUUGAGAGCUGGCUGGAUUUUGGUGGAAUAUUUUGAGAGAUCUUGAUACCAAAUUCUAUUUGAGUUUAAAUCAUAGUUUCAGAAAUAAUUUCACUGCCUUGAUGGUUCUGUUGCAGUGACUAUUUGUUCAAGCUUUUGAUUAUCGGAGACUCCGCUGUUGGCAAAUCUUGCGUCCUCCUGAGAUUCGCGGUGAGAAAUCCUGGUGCGCUUUUGCUGUAUGGCUUCCCUUUGAUGAACGAUUCCUCCUCUUCUGAAUCUGAAGUUCUGUAAUUGCAUGUGACAUCUGUUAUUUUUUAUGAUUUUUCGCAUAUAUUUGUGGAGUCAUCGUUAAUUUUUUGGAUCUGUGCUCCUUGGGAGCCCGGUUUCCCGCUGGGCUGAUUCCCACAAACUUUAGAUGAGAUGUCCAGUGUCCACCCACCCUUGCUUCGGCCGUAGCUUCACACUUUAGUCUGAGAUUAAGAUUCGAGGAAUGAGACUACUUCCAACCCCAUUCAACCCAUCAACAGAAAAGGGAAAAAAAAAAGAGGGAAUCAAUGCAUACUAAACUUUUGAGCUUUUCUCUUUUUUACUCGACUGUGCUUGUAAAUGAAUCACCAUCAUCAACCACUGAGUCUCAACUAAAUGUUGUUAGCAUAAGAGCUAACUCGACCAGUCAACUUUGUAGCAUUCCUGGUCAGCAUGACUCAUCCCAUCUCUUCUGCUUCUAUCAAAUGCCUUUUCAUCUUUCUUUUUCUGUUAUGGAGCGCAUCCCAUGCCGCACUUGUACUGAUCUUUCUGUAUCAAAAUCUUCUGCUGUAGAUGUUGCCAUCCACUCUAUCCUAGUAGGCGCGAAAUUGUGGACUGCCUGCCUUUUUAAAAUUUUCCUUAAUUUUAAAUGAAGGAACAUUUAGAAUCAUUUUCUUUUCACACAUGGCAAGAUUAAUAAGUGCAUAGCCUCUGUUUCUUGCGAAUAGUACAUCUCAGCAGUACUGCCCCCGCUCCGAAAUAAAAAAUUUAUAGUAAAAAUAUCCUCUCAUGUAGACUUUCUUCACUUCUGUGAGUAUGGUAAUCAUUUCCGUGUUAGACUUUUGGAGUAGAACUAGAUUUAUUUCCCACUUGCCUUUUCCGUUAAUCUUCUGUCAGAUACCUUAAAAUCCUUCUCUCUUCCAUUGAUCAAAUAUCUGUGAUUCUUAUGAGACAUUUUUGCCGUGAUUCUUUCUUCCUACUGAUCAGUCAUUUCUCGACCUUCAAAUUUGAUAAAAAAGCUGCCGAUCAAGAUCCUUGGACAUUUUUCAUGUCGCCAAUGAUGCAGUGCAUUAGGAUGGCCUCGUCAUAGUAGAAGCGUCAACAAAGAGUGAUAAUGAAUCUGCAUGAAUUCGGUUAUUUUUUUAUUAUAGUCUCGCAAAAGAUGAUGGGUGUUCGAAAAUUCUUGGAUUGCAUUUAUAUAAUCGGAGCAGAAAAGCUUGCAUGAAUAUCGUUAGUUUGCUUCGUUUCAAGCCGAAAUAGCAUUCAGAUUCAUACCGAAUGUUGAUUCAAAACGAGGUUCUGUCCCUUGAGACAUGCUGAAAUCCACAGUAUUCCCGCAUUUUCGGCCUUUUCAAGUAUUUAAUCAUGCCUGCGGCCCCUGGGGCGCUUGGAGGAAGCUACAUCGGCAGCUGGAGCCUUGUUCCGACAUGAAACUAUUUUGUCUCCGUAUCUUCUUGAAUGCGACCAUAGUCAUUUGUGGAGGCCCUCCGAUCUGUGGAGCCCCGUUCACAUGAAAUCUAACCCCUUUCUUACUACUUCAGGACGAUUCGUAUGUGGAGGGUUAUGUAAGCACCAUUGGAGUUGACUUUGUGCGUAUCGUGUUUCCUCCUCCCCUCGGCUUAUACCGAAGGUUGCCUUACUGAGAUCCUGUUGUGCUGUUUCCAUUUCCACAGAAAAUCCGCACCGUCGAGAAAGAUGGGAAGACAAUCAAGCUCCAGAUUGUGAGUUUUUUGCAUUCUAGCUCUGCCCAUCAUACCUAUAACAAAUUUAAUUAAUUUAUACAAACCUUAUGCCAUGCCCUACCUGUCACCAGCAUCUAAACCCGUCAUUAGAGGUUUUCUUCUGUGGUUGGGGCUGCUCAAAGAGAACUUUGUCUGUCUGUCUGUCUGUUUGUCUGUCUGUCUGUCUCUCUCUCUCUCACUUUCUCUCUCUUUCUCUCUCUUUCUCUCAUGCUUGAUGCUAUGUAACAGUGGGACACGGCCGGGCAGGAGCGCUUCAGGACGAUAACGAGCAGCUACUACCGUGGCGCCCACGGGAUCAUUGUGCGUGCUCAAGGCGUAGAACCGCACCACCCUUUUUAUGGCUGAAAAGUGCUAUUUUAGGAAGGAUUUUGAGUAGCCACAACUUGUGCUGACAGGUAGUAUACGACGUGACAGUGGGGGAGAGCUUCAACAACGUGAAGAAGUGGCUGAGCGAGAUCGACCGAUAUGCGGGCCGGGAAGUCAGUAGGCUCCUGGUGGGGAACAAGUGCGAUCUCGCGGAGAACAGGGCGGUGCCGUAUGAGACCGCGAAGGUUAUUUCACGCCGAUGCCAUACAAAAAUUUGUGUUUUUGGCUCUGAGAAACACUGAGUUCGGAGCUCGCCAGGCGUUUGCGGACGAGCUGGGGAUCCCGUUCAUGGAGACGAGCGCGAAGGACGCGACCAACGUGGAGCGGGCUUUCAUGGCCAUGACCGCUGAGAUAAAGAGCAGGUAGAUAUCCCUCCUCCACACUGGGGGCCUUUCCCUGCGGUUUCUCAUUUUCUCCGUUUUCAGGAUGGCGACCCAGCCAGUUGCUGGAGUGGCGGGGCCCCCGCAGGUGCAAAUCCGCGGCCGCCGCCUCUAUCAGAAGACCACAUGCUGCUCUUCGUAG